AUGACCCUGGGCAGCUGCUGCUGCGAGAUCAUGUCCUCCGAGAGCUCCCCGGCCGCACUGUCCGAGGCCGACGCAGAUAUAGACGUGGUGGGCGGCGGCGGCGGCAGCAGCGGUGGGGGGGAGCUCCCUGCCCGCUCUGGGCCCCGCGCCCCCCGGGACGUGCUCCCCCACGGCCCCGAGCUUCCCCCGGAGGAAGCCGCGGGGGAAGCCGUGGAGGACGAGGAGGAGUCCGGUGGCUGCUCGGACGGCGAGCCCCGCGCUCUAGCGCCCCGAGGGGCGGCGGCCGCAGCGGGAAGCCCCGGGCCAGUCUCGGCGGCGGCCCGGGGCGCGGCGGGGCCCGGGCCAGGACCGCCGUCGGGGGGCGCGGCAACUCGGAGCCCCCUGGUGAAGCCGCCCUACUCGUACAUCGCGCUCAUCACCAUGGCCAUCCUGCAGAGCCCCAAGAAGCGCCUGACGCUGAGCGAGAUCUGCGAGUUCAUCAGCGGCCGCUUCCCCUACUACCGGGAGAAGUUCCCCGCCUGGCAGAACAGCAUCCGCCACAACCUCUCGCUCAACGACUGCUUCGUCAAGAUCCCCCGCGAGCCGGGCAACCCGGGCAAAGGCAACUACUGGACGCUCGACCCGGAGUCGGCCGACAUGUUCGACAACGGCAGCUUCCUGCGGCGCCGCAAGCGCUUCAAGCGGCAGCCGCUGCCGCCGCCGCAUCCACACACGCACCCGCACCCCGAGCUGCUGUUGCGCGGCGGGGCUGCAGCGGCGGGGGACCCCGGCGCCUUCCUGCCGGGCUUCGCGGCUUACGGAGCCUAUGGCUACGGCUACGGGCUGGCGCUCCCGGCCUACGGCGCACCCCCGCCGGGCCCAGCCCCGCACCCGCAUCCACACCCGCACGCCUUUGCUUUCGCCGCCGCCGCCGCCCCUUGCCAGCUGUCGGUACCCCCGGGCCGUGCCGCGGCGCCUCCACCCGGACCUCCGACGGCCUCGGUGUUCGCGAGCGCAGCCUCGGCUCCGGCCCCUGCGCCUGCUCCGAGCGCAGGGUCGGGCCCGGGCCCCUCGGGCCUGCCAGCCUUCCUGGGCGCGGAGCUUGGCUGCGCCAAAGCCUUCUACCCCGCGUCCCUGAGCCCUCCCGCAGCAGGCACCGCACUCCUGCGCCCAGGCCUCAAGACGGACGCGGGUGGAGGGGGCGCCGGGGCCGGGCAGAGGCCUUCCUUCUCUAUAGACCACAUUAUGGGCCACGGUGGCGGCGGGGCAGCACCCCCGGGCGCCGGCGAGGGCUCCCCGGGGUCGCCGUUCUCGGCGGCGGCGGGUCCUGGGGGUCAGGCCCAGGUCUUGGCCAUGCUGACUGCCCCGGCCCUGGCUCCAGUGGCCGGCCACGUUCGCCUCUCGCACCACGGGGACGCUCUCCUGUCCUCAGGGCCCCCGUUUGCUGGCAAAGUCGCAGGCCUCAGUGGCUGCCACUUUUGA